AUGGAAACUGAAGCCCCAGCGACUAUUGCCUCUCUCCUAGAACCGGCUUCGCCGUCGGUAAAGCCGAUUGAGAUUUCGUUUCCGUUGCCUAGGACCCCGCACACGAAUGUGCACGUCCAUCUGACCGCCAUGGCUACGUCAACCAUGGUGUUUCUCUCGACCACGAAUGCUGGAGAUGCAGGCUCAACAGUGAAGCCAAUGGGUAGUUUUGUUUAUGCCAUGCCUGAUCGCACAAAUUCCCGCUCAACAAUCUCUACAACACUUUACACAUCCCCAGGCAGCAUUGAUUACGCCACAAGGGCUGCCAAGAUUCUUGCUCGCAGGAUGAACGUGCCCGUCUAUGUCGGAUGCAAUAUUGAUCCUGUCGUCACGGGUGCAACCGUCGAGGAAGAGAUGGAGGGGUUUUCCAAAAUGAUUGAUACGAUCAUGAAACGAUGGGACAGUAGGGAGUAG